AUGGACAAUUUGGGCACGAGCGCGCUCGUAUCUGUCCUCAAGGCGAAUCAUGUCUGGACAGGACUAUACUUCUGGGAAUAUGUGACUUCUCUCUCCUACGACUGGAAGUACCUUACAGGGCGCAAGGAGCGUAGAUGGACAACAUGGAUCUAUCUGGGCUGUCGCUUCAUGACCGUUGUGUCACUUUCCUUGCUCCUUGGGGUCUCUGAUUUGUUCACCCACACACCGUUCGAUUGUCUUUCUCUAUAUCGUGUCGCUGCGCUGUGCUCCUACAUAUCAUUUCAACUGGCUUCGUUGCUUGUAGUGCUGAGAACCCUGGUGGCUUGGAACUACUGGCGGCCGAUGGUUGCUUUCGUCGUUGCGGGUUGGGCGACGAACCUCGCUGUCAUGAUAUGGAGUAUCGUUGGAGCUUCCGCAUUUUGGGAGCGGAGCGGGGACGGCGGUGUAUGCGUCAGCCCUUUCGAUACUCGCAACAAUCGUGUACUUGAAAUUGUCUCCUUCGCUAUCGACACUACUCUGGUGUUAUGCAUGCUCGUCGGCUUGAGUCGCAAAGAAGAUCGAGGCCCUUCGUCAGGGUUGUGGGGCAUGCUACAUCGUCAGGCGAUCUUAUGGUUGGGCGUAGUGUUGCUAGCCGAGCUUCCGGCAGUGAUACUAGCCGUACUUGAUCUGGAAGCUGCGUUUCACCAACUGCUCCUGUUGCCCAAGAUCAUCAUCAUUACUAUCAGUGCUACAAGGAUGUACCGCGCUCUCAAUCAGUUCUUGGCCAUAGAUGCCACUCAUCGUGUCAUACACCUUCCGGGAGCAACGGACACCACGAUUGCUCUCGAGGCCAUGGGUAGUUCCGGGAAGAGGAUCCAGCCGCUUGUGGUGAACGUGCAUACGGAGCAGGUUCAGUUCACCUCAGACACAGACGAAGCUACUCAAGAAGCUGCAAGACGCGCUAUGAGGCAUAGGAAUCGGUAUCGUGCACGUCCGAAAGCCUCUUCUCUGAGUGCGCGGGACCUACAUCUACUAUGA